ACCACGACUUUGACUCCUUAUAAAGUUGUUUCAACGGUCACCGGAGCCGAGUGCGCGGGGCUUAUCUUCUUUCACCUCCCUAAAAAAGCGGCCAUGGCCACCGUAUACCACCACCAAACCCCUUUCUUCACCCCUAACCCGAAGCCUCUUCGCCCCGCCAAAACCGCUGCCUCUACAAUUUACUGCUUCGCCAAGUCCAGUAAUAUAGACCCAUUCGAAGAGAAGAAGCAAGCACACGUGGACUACGACGCCGGGACCCACAAGCUCACCACUCGAAUCCCCGGUGUACGGAAGUCCGACCUCCCGAAACGACACCGUCUCCGGGUGGAGGGCGACCGGUUUCAGAAAGACUGGGCUGUAUCGGAAGUGGUGGAGAGGGUAAUUAAGCUUCACCAUUGGGAGGAUAUUGAGAGUGUGUUGAACCGCUGGGCCGGCCGGUUCGCUCGCAAGAAUUUCCCGGUUCUAAUUAGGGAAAUAACUAUGAGGGGUUCUAUUGAACAUGGUAUCCAAGUCUUCAAUUGGAUGAAGAACCAAAAGAACUAUUGCGCAAGAAACGAUAUAUACAAUAUGAUGAUCGGGUUGCAUGCUAGACAUAAUCGUAUCGACCAGGCUCGUGGAUUAUUUUUCGAGAUGCAAAAGUGGAGGUGCAAACCCGAUGUUGAAACCUAUAAUGCUCUGAUAAGUGCGCACGGGCGAGCUGGUCAAUGGCGCUGGGGAGUGAAUAUUAUGGAAGACAUGCUUCGUGAAGCUAUUCCUCCAAGCAGAACAACAUACAACAAUUUGAUCCAUGCAUGCGGAACAAGUGGUAAUUGGAAGGAAGCUCUGAAAGUUUGCAAAAAGAUGACAGAUAACGGAAUCGGACCGGAUCUCGUGACCCACAAUAUCGUUCUAUCUGCAUAUAAAUCUGGAUCACAGUACUCGAAAGCACUCUCGUAUUUCGAGCUUAUGAGGGGUACAAAUGUCAAUCCAGACACUACAACCCUCAACAUCGUAAUAAACUGCCUGGUCAAGCUUGGAAAAUACGAGGAAGCCAUCAAAGUCUUCAAUUCAAUGAGAGAGAAAAGAUCAAAAUGCCGCCCCGAUAUCGUAACCUACACCAGCAUCAUGCAUAUGUACUCUGUUUGUGGACAAGUCGAAAAUUGCCACUCUGUUUUCAGCACAUUAAUUGCAGAGGGUUUAAAACCAAAUAUCGUUUCGUACAAUGCGUUGAUUGGGGCGUACGCCUCACUUGGACUGAGUGAGCAGGCCUCGUCAACUUUUUACGAGAUGAAAAAGAGGGGUACCCGCCCUGAUGUUGUAUCCUACACUUCUUUACUCAAUGCGUUUGGAAAAUCACAACAACCACAAAAGGCAAAAGAAGUAUUCGAUAUGAUGAGGAAAAAUAAUUGCAAACCGAAUUUGGUUAGCUACAAUGCACUUAUUGAUGCGUAUGGAUCGAACGGCUUUUUAGCUGAAGCUGUGGAACUUUUGCGUGAAAUGGAGCAAGCCGGUUUGCAACCGAACGUUGUCUCGAUUAGUACAUUGUUGGCCGCGUGUGGGCGGUGCUGCGAAAAGGUGAAGAUUGAUUCGAUACUUAAAGCUGCUAAUUUGCGAGGCAUUGAAUUGAAUACUAUUGCGUAUAACGCUGGUAUUGGAAGUUAUAUGAAUGUCGGGGAAUAUGAGGCUGCUUUGGAUUUAUAUAAGCGUAUGAGGAAGAAGAGAGUUAGACCUGAUUCUGUUACUUAUAAUGUUUUGAUUAGUGGCUGUUGCAAGAUGUCAAAGUACAGCGAGGCGCUCGAUUUUCUUGUCGAGAUGAGGGAUCUGAAGAUUCCCUUUUCGAAGGAGGUAUAUUCUUCCGCAAUCUGCGCCUACAGCAAACAGGGUCAACUUGCUGAAGCAGAAUCGAUUUUCGACAUGAUGAAAAUGGAUGGUUUGCAACCAGACGUUAUUGCGUAUACGGCAAUGUUACAUACUUACACCACUGCAGAGCAAUGGGAGAAAGCUUUUGCGGUGUUUCAAGAAAUGGAGGUAAAUGGUGUCCAGCCAGACUCGGUAGCUUGUGCAGCUCUUAUGAGAAGUUUCAAUCGAGGAUCUCUACCGGGCAAAGUGUUGCUUCUUGCCGAGUUUAUGAGAGACAAGAAUAUUCCUUUUAUUGAUGCUGUGUUCUUCGAAAUGGUUUCUGCAUGUACCAUUCUGCGAGAUUGGAAAACAUUAACUGAUGUCAUUCACACGAUGGAGAAUUCACUUCCUCGUAUUUCCGUUGGAACACUAAACCAUCUUCUUCAUUCUUUUGCAAAAGUAGGAAAAAUCGACACCAUGUUGAAGUUGUUUCUGAAGAUAGUUGCGUCAGGCGCAGAAGUUGACUCGACUACGUACUCUAUUUUAUUGAAGGAUCUUUUAGCUGCUGGGUAUUGGAGGAAAUAUAUCGAGGUGAUGCAGUGGAUGGAAGAUGCAGGAGUGCCACCUUCUCCUCAAAUGUACAACAACAUACUAUCUUAUGCUCACACGAGUGCGGGCCCCGAAAACGGUGCUGCCAUAAGAGAGAGAAUAGAAUCGUUGAAGAGGAAAUCUGGUUAUUCAUUGUUAAAGAGCAAAGGGUGCGAUCCUCCGCUUCCCGCCAAUUCGUUGAUUGGCAGCCUGUAGCCAGAGCACAAGAUUAAUGAGCCACUGCCACUCAUCUUCCUUUUCUUUUUUAAAUAGUUUCACAGCUACAAUGUAGACUGUAGUAGUACCUUAGUGUAUUGAAGUUGUACCUAGAGGGAUUGCAUCAACCUGUGUAUAAAAUACAAGGCAAUGUAUACAUAAUUCGACUUGAUACGACUUAAAAAUCUUACCUUUUGCCGUAAAUUAGUUUCAUUA